AUGUCUUCGAAAGAAAAAGGCGUCAAUGUUCAAGUCCUACUUCGGUGCAGACCUUUCAGUGAAGAGGAAUUGCGUGCCAAUGCUCCUCAAGUUGUAACAUGCAACGACUACAACCGAGAGGUUUCCGUCUCUCAGAACAUCGCUGGCAAGCAUUUCGACAGAGUUUUCACAUUCGAUAAGGUCUUUGGUCCUUCCGCAAAGCAAAAAGAUCUUUAUGAUCAAGCUGUAGUUCCAAUAGUAAAUGAAGUUCUAGAGGGCUUUAAUUGCACUAUAUUUGCCUAUGGUCAGACUGGUACAGGGAAGACAUACACAAUGGAAGGCGAUUCCAAAAAGACAAAGAGCGGGCCUAAUGGAGAGUUGCCUGCAGAAGCAGGAGUCAUACCUAGGGCUGUUAAGCAGAUUUUUGAUACUCUUGAAGGCCAGAAUGCUGAAUAUAGUGUGAAGGUUACUUUUUUAGAAUUGUAUAAUGAGGAAAUCACUGAUUUUCUUGCCCCAGAGGAAAUUUCAAAAGUUUCUUUAGAGGAGAAGCAAAAAAAGCAGCUUCCUCUUAUGGAGGAUGGUAAAGGUGGUGUUCUUGUAAGAGGUCUCGAAGAAGAGAUCGUAACAAGUGCAAGUGAAAUUUUUACACUACUGGAAAGGGGGUCUGCCAAACGGCGUACUGCAGAGACUUUAUUGAACAAACAAUCAAGUAGGUCACAUUCAUUGUUUUCCAUUACAAUCCACAUCAAGGAAGCAACCCGAGAAGGUGAAGAACUUAUAAAAUGCGGGAAACUGAAUUUGGUUGAUCUAGCCGGUUCAGAAAAUAUCUCCCGUUCUGGUGCUAGAGAGGGUCGUGCAAGAGAAGCGGGAGAAAUCAAUAAAAGUUUACUUACUUUAGGGCGUGUGAUCUCUGCACUUGUGGAGCACCUUGGCCAUAUCCCUUACAGGGAUAGCAAGUUGACACGUUUAUUGCGCGAUUCACUUGGCGGAAGGACAAAAACAUGUAUCAUAGCGACCGUCUCUCCUGCAGUUCAUUGCUUAGAGGAGACCUUGAGCACAUUGGAUUAUGCACACAGGGCGAAGAACAUAAGAAAUAAACCCGAGGUUAACCAAAAACUGAUGAAAACAACUCUAAUCAAGGAUCUCUAUGGUGAAAUCGAACGCCUUAAGGGAGAGGUUUAUGCUGCUCGUGAGAAAAAUGGCAUCUACAUACCAAAAGACAGAUACAUUCAACAGGAGAAUGAAAAGAAGGCCAUGUCAGAUCAGAUCAAGCAGAUGAAUGGUGCAUUAGACAGUCAUAAGAAGCAACUUGAGGAAUUGCAAAGAAAAUACGAUGAUCAAGUUUUGCAGUGCUCGCACUUGAGCUUAAAACUUGUUACAACUGAGAAAAACUUGAAGCAGACCAGCAUAUUGCUUGAUAACACAGAGGAAGAGUUAAAGAAAUGUCAGUAUAUUCUGAAAGAAAAAGAUUUUAUCAUUUCUGAGCAGAGGAAAGCGGAAAAUGCUCUUACUCAUCAAGCAUUCGUUUUACGAGCUGAUUUGGAGAAAGCUGUUCAAGAUAAUGCUUCGUUGUUUUCGAAAAUUGGUAGAGAAGAAAAAUUGAACAUAGAUAACAAAGCUACGUUGAAUAAUUUUCAAGUUGAGCUGACCCAGCAAGUUGGUUCUCUUUGUAAUACUGUGGCAACAUCUUUGUCUCGACAGAACGAGCACCUUGAAUGUGUAGAGAACCUUUGUCAUUCAUUUUUGGGCAUUCAUGAUAAGGCAGUUGUUGAUUUGAAGCAAAAAGUUACAACUCUAAGGGCUUUGUAUACAUCUCAUCUCGAAGCGAUGCAAAAUGUUGUGUGUUUGCAUAAGUCGAGUUCUGAUGAAACCUUUCAGAAACUAUCAUCUCUUAUUUCUUCUAAUGGUCACUCUGUUGAAGAAUUUCUUGCAUCUGAGGCCACCAAAGCAAAUUCAAUACUUGAUGAUCUUCAGACUUCUCUUUCAUCUCAGCAAGGCGAAUUGACACUUUUUGCAAGUGAACUACGCCAUAGAUUAAGUGUCAAUGCCGAGCAAAUAAAGGAUAUAUCCGAAUGCACUCACGAAUUUGAAGAUAAACUUUUAAGAGAAGUAAAAAAGCUUGAAAACUUUGCGUCUGCAGCUGAUGAAAUUCAAACGAAGAGUAUCGCUGAGUUUAGAAAAGCUUAUGAGGAGCAAUCAAGAUCUGAUGCAGAGAAACUUAUAGCUGAUAUGACUAGUUUAGUAUCAAAUCACAUUUGUCGUCAAAUUGAUCUGGUAGAUACAAAACUCGGGGAUCUUAGAAAAAAUGGCAUUGCUGGCAAGUCAUUUUUGGAUGAACAUGUAUCAUCAAUGGGAGAUAUUCUGUCUGUUUCAAAGAGAAAGUGGCAGGGCAUAUGCACACAAGCGGAAAAAGAUGCAAAAGGCACCGCAGAAUUUUCUACCGCCAAACAUGGUUAUAUUGAGGAGCUCAUACAACGGAGUAUCAAUACUGCUCAAUCAGCUUCCCGAAAUACAAAGAAGACACACGAAGUUAUAAAUGAGAUCGGAGUCAAACAUAUUUCGGCAGCAAUGUCACUUAUCAGGGAUGCUACCGAUUCCAACACGCAACAUGAUAUUGAGAUUAAUUCUGUUCGGGUUACAGCUGUUGAAGAUGUGGAAAAGAACAAUGAUGAGACCUUUCAGCGGUUGGAUGACAUGUCUGUACAAGAGCGGGAUUCCAUAUCUGAUGUUUUGAACGUUGUCAAAACUCACGCGAAUACACUCGAGACCUUUAGAGAGGAUCACUCUGGCCUAGCAACUUCGAUUGAAGAAAAGUCGCAUGAAAUUUGUCAGCAGCAGUAUAGAGACUAUGAGCCACGUGGGACCACUCCAACAAGAUGUGAACUUGAAGUUCCAAGUAAGGGGACAAUAGAGUCUCUACAAUCCUUGCCAAUGGAAACCCUUAUAGAGGAAUUUCGAGAAAACAAUUCAUAUGAAUCACUUGAUAUAAAGGAGUUGAAACCGUCACUAAUACCUCGUUCUCCCCUUAGUCAAGUAAAUACAGCCAAAGAGAGAACGGGACAUUAG